AUUUUCUAACAUGGAUAGAAAAAUCAAGUAUUGCAUUAGGUACAAGACAAAUAGAUGACCAAUUUAAUGUUUAUACAUGUGUAAUAAAUAAAUCAAGUUUAACAAGGAAUCAAGGCAGUGUAGUGUAGGCUACAAUCUUGUGACAGAAAUAUUCUGACCUUUGUAUUGCUGGAAAUUGAUACAUAUUUACGUAGCGCUAGGUCAUUUUAAUAAAUAUAUUCUAAGAUGUUUAAAAUAAACAUAAACACACGAUUGUGGAAGAGAAGUUCAGAUAUGUCACAAUUGAAAUUCAAAAAUUUGAACUAGUACCUACUAAUAAGAGUAAUAAUAAUAUGAGUACUAUUUAAAGAUAUAAAAGCAAUUAUGCUUCUCAUACUCCAAAGGAUGUAAUGACUUUACUUUGUUCUAUUAUAAUUAGUGAAACUCUUGAACGAAGACGAUGGAUUAUUACUCAGUAUCGCGUGUGUAGAGGACGAGGAUGGUAUAAUGCAAGGAAGCUUAUAAGAGUUUUUUGUGAAUAGUAAUUGUAUAUCAUUAAUGAACUAAAAAACUGUGAAGUCAUCAUAGUCCCUUUUAACUGUCGAUAAAGGAUGAAUUUAAUUAAAAAUGAUUUGUGGUAUUCUAAAAAAAUAUGUACAUUAAUGCACUAUAUUACUUUAGUUAUAUUAGGGGGCUUGACAUGGGGUAUAUUAUUCUGGGUUUGGGGUGAUACUUGGGGUUUAAGAGGAGAUUCGUUCAGACUGGCGAGCCUUGGCGUGAUCGCGUGGGCUACCGGCCAAAUUCUACAACAGUUUACUACUUUGCCACCAAUAUUAGCUGCUCUGCUAACGGGCAUCAUCGCCCGUCAUCUUGACUUUGUUGACAUGCGACGUUUUGUUUAUAUAGAUUCAUUUUUGAGGAAAAUAUACCCUGUCAUUAUUCUUGGCAAAGGAUCUCUAGGAUGGGAUGUUAACUAUAUGAGACAAAACUGGAGGCAAAUUGCUACAUUAGGAGCCUUGCCUUGGAGUAUAGAAGUAGCUUUUGUAGCAAUAAGCACUCAUUAUCUACUCGGGUUUCCUUGGAUUUGGGGUUUUCUAUUGGGAUCUGUUUACGCAUCCGUGUCGUGCCCUGUGGUGAUGCCAUCUGUACUGAAGCAUGCGAAGAAUGCAAGUGGAACAGUCAACUGGCCGCAACUAAUUUGCACGGCGGGUGGUCUGGACACUGCGCUCAGUGUCGGGAUCUUUGGUGUCAUUUUUAGCUUUAUGUUUUAUGAAACGGACUACAGUUAUCGUAUUUUAAAAGCAGCUUUAGCUCUUUUCCUGGGAGUAUCACUUGGGGUGGCUUGGGGGAGCCUAGCGAAAUUUGUACCCCAUUCAAAGGAUUACUACGUCACUGAACUAAGAGUUUUAUUCGUUCUCGUUGGAGGACUUUUCUGCAACUUUUUUACCGGAGCAGUCGGAUGGGGAGGCACUGGUGGAGUCGCUGUACUGGCAUGUAAUGCUACCGCUGCCACGUACUGGGCGAAAGAUGAAUGGAAAUUGAAUCAAAAUCCAGCUUCCACCGUUUAUAGAGUCCUUUGGUCAUUUUGUGAGCCCGUUCUCUUCGCUUACACUGGCACUUUUUUCAUUUGGCACAGUUCAAUAUCAAAAACGUUACUUAUAGGACUGGGUGUUUUGUUUGCCUGUCUUACCGUGAGACUCACAGUGACAUUCAUCACUUGCUGGAAUCUGAAGUUCAAGGAGAAGAUUUUUGUUUGCUGCACUUGGAUUCCUAAGACCAUUGUCGAGGCUGUAUUAUGUCCCCUAGCAAUUGAAGCGCUAAUUAUGUCUGACAGUCCGGUUGACAGCCAAGAAUUAGUAUACGCCGAGGAUCUUAUAAGGUUGAUAGUACAAGCAAUCCUUGUAACCACACCCAUCGGUUUCCUCUUGACAAACUACCUAGGUCCCACAUUACUUCACUGUGACCAAGGUCGUGAUGAAAGCAAAGAUAACAAAUUUAGAAGAGAAUCGAGUGGAAUUUAGACUUUCUAACAUCCAGAGACUUUCACAAAAAUACAGAAGGAAGCCUAUACAAGUUAUAAACUGUAAAAGGGUUGUGUGUGUGUGUAUUAUAUAGACCGACUCAAUAUUUACUCAGUAAAUAAUAAAUGAAGCACAAAUAGUAAUCCAAAAAACCUGCAUUGUAUAAAAAAUGUUUUUGAUUACAAAUAUUCAAUUAAUAUAAAUUAGGAGUAAAGAAUUAAAGGUAAAGCAAAUAAGGAGUUAUUUAACACGAGGAAAAUGUUGAGAUUUUUCAAAUUUUUGUUAUGAAUAAUAUUAUGACUGAAAAUUUACAAUCUAUCAAAACAUUUUACAUAAAUUUUAUCUGAUGAUAUUUUUUACGUCUCAGUAAGUAAGUUAUAAGUUUGAUUAAAAUUUUAUAUUUUAACCAUUCAAGAGACUAUACUUACUUAAUAAUGUAAUCUCACUCCCUCGAGAGAGAUACUUACUUUAGUUUUAUAACACACAGAUACACCAGUUCCUGUAUCUUAUUAAGUCCAUUAUGUGUAUGGGCCAAUCGAAACUAUUGUCUCAUUAGAAUAUCUCACUACCUUAACCAAAGAGUAUUAGUAUUUUAUUAAAUAACAAUUAACAAUUGAAAUAAAGGAAGCUAUUACGCAUAAUAUAAAUAAUGAAAAAACAUCAUUAUUACUAUCUUUUAAUAACGUUUUUGUCACAAAUCAUCUUUCAUACUUAUAUUAUUGAGAUUAAACGAUAAAAUAAGUCAUUUUCAUUCAUAAAAAUGAUUAUUGCAAUACUUCUUAAUAUCUAUCUCACUGUUUCUUAUAAACUAAGUAAAUACCAAAUUAUUAAUAAAUAAUAAGUAACAGUUGACUUUCAUCUCAAGCAUUGAUCAGGACCGACAAUUUGGUUUCACUUUCGACUGAAAACUAUUAUGGAUUAAUACUGACUUGAAAUUUUUGUAUAAAAUCCUUGUUACUAUCUCCUGAUUGCAUACAAUUUUUAUAGUUACCACUUAUCUACAGGCAUAAAAAUAUAAACCAAAUCUUUAUAAAAAUUAACAAAAUAUUCAUUAAUAAUUUCAUAAUCUUUGUAACAUAAAUAUAUAGUUUCAUAAUAUUCAUAUUUUUCAUUGAACACAAAUAAAACACUUAACAUUAGCCACCAAAGUGUCUAAUAUUUUUUGUAUAUAAUUAAAAUUUAUACAUCGUUAGUUCUCGAUUAUUUAGUCACUUAUAAAAUAAAAAUAUAAAAUUUAUAUCCCGUAUCAUCAAUACUUAAAAAAUUACAAUACAAUACAACAGAAUAUGUUGAUAUAAGAUCAUCCUGAUUCGAAAAUAUAUUCCAUUGAUUGUCUAUUCCACAAACAUAUAAAAUCUGCUACAUAUAACGUAUAUUGUUAUAAAAUUAAAAUUGUUGAUAUGAAAUAUGUAAUUUUUUGACAUUUCAUUAUAUAAAGCCAUAUCAUUUUGAUCAUUACAAUCCAUGAAAGUAUGUACUUAUUAGGAGAUAUUUAUUUAAGUUAAGCGAAUAAACGUUACUUUUAAAAAUAA